UAGACAACGUCGAGAAGAAGACAACGGCAGCUUCUUUUUUCCCUUAAGAAAAAUAGAUCAACAAAAGCGAGACCUUAUAUUACACACACACACACACACACACACACAUAUAUAUAUAUAUAUGGAUUUAUGUUUGGGCUUUUUAUUUUUAUAGCUGUUUGUCUUCGUGACUGUUUUCCAGGAUGAGUUGUGGUAGACCGUCCUGAGAUGAAGUGCAGCUAGCAGCUUGCGCUAAGUUAGCUCGACAUGUUUGUUUUCGUGCUAAUGCCGCUGAGUGCGACAUGAUGAAGCUGUAGCGACCAGCUGCACUACUUUCACCUUUCGCAGAGACUGGAAGGUUGCAGGAGGCAGGUCAACAGCGUGGCUUGAUUUCUACUCUGAACAGCACUCCCCCAAAUCUCCAGAUUGUCACCAUGGCGUGGGCUCUGAAGCUCCCUCUCACAGAUGAAGUGAUUGAGUCUGGACUGGUCCAAGACUUUGAUGCCAGUCUCUCAGGCAUUGGGCAGGAGCUUGGGGCUGGGGCAUACAGUAUGAGUGAUGUACUUGCGCUUCCCAUCUUCAAGCAGGAAGAGUCCAACCUGCCUCCAGACACUGACAAUAAGAUUCUUCCCUUUGAGUAUGUUCUGUGUGCAGCUACCUCACCAGCCGUGAAACUGCAUGAUGAAACACUCACCUACCUCAACCAAGGACAGUCCUAUGAAAUUCGAAUGCUUGACAAUCGGAAAAUUGGGGAACUUCCAGAAAUCACUGGUAAAAUGGUGAAGAGCAUUAUCCGUGUGGUGUUUCAUGACCGACGUCUUCAGUAUACAGAGCACCAGCAGCUGGAGGGCUGGCGUUGGAACAGGCCCGGCGAUCGCAUCCUUGACCUUGAUAUUCCCAUGUCAGUUGGCAUAAUCGACCCCAGGGCUAAUCCUACUCAGCUUAACACUGUGGAGUUCCUUUGGGACCCAUCAAAAAGAACCUCAGUUUUUAUUCAGGUUCACUGUAUCAGCACAGAAUUCACCAUGCGCAAACAUGGAGGAGAAAAAGGCGUGCCUUUUCGAAUCCAGAUUGACACCUUCAAAGAGAAUGAAAAUGAAGAGUACACAGAACAUCUCCACUCUGCCUCCUGCCAGGUCAAAGUCUUCAAGCCUAAAGGUGCAGACAGAAAGCAGAAGACAGACAGGGAGAAGAUGGAAAAAAGGACACCACAGGAGAAGGAAAAGUACCAGCCUUCCUAUGAAACCACCAUCCUGACAGAGUGCUCUCCCUGGCCUGAGGUCACAUAUGUCAACAACUCUCCAUCUCCCGGCUUCAGCAGCACUCACAACAGUUUCCCAGUUGCAGAAGGAAACGGAUCACCAAACCAUCAGCCUGAGCCUGUUGUUCAGGCUGCAGAUAAUUUAUUACCCACUGCAACACCACAAGAUGCACAGCAGUGGCUUCACAGAAACCGCUUCUCGCCUUUCUGUCGGCUCUUCACCAACUUCUCAGGUGCAGAUCUGCUGAAGCUGACGAGGGAGGAUGUCAUUCAGAUCUGUGGGCCAGCAGACGGUAUCAGACUCUUCAAUGCACUGAAGGGAAGGGUGGUACAUCCCAGGCUGACAAUCUACGUUUGCCAGGAGUCUCAGCAGGCACAAGAACAACAACCGAAACAUGAAAAUGGAGAUGCAUCCAGCAACACUUUCUUUGUAUCUCACGCCAAAAAUGGGCACAGAUGUGGGCUAAAUGAACACAGAAUGCAGACAAAAGGCUCCACUCCUCUCCAUAUCUAA